GCUGCUGCCCUUCACUGCCCCAGUGAUAUUUGUGAGGGGGGCAGUAUAGCUCCACUCUGUCCUGAGCUAAACUUAGACCUGACAGUAGCACUCUUCAUCACAAAAUGCUCUGACCACCACACCGGGUUACAAUGGCCGGUGUCCAGUUACCACAGAUGCUGCUGUAUCUCACUGGUGACACUGGCAAAACAAGAUGUAGAUUUAAAGUCUCUGCAGGUCUUUCUGUCUUUCACUACACUUGUAUUCCUCAUGGGCAGCUACAGCUCAGCCCUGAUUCCCGACACUGAGGAGUUUGCCUCUAUUGCGUCAUUGGCGGAGAAGCUGAACGAGCAGAUAGCUGGUGCAGAUGAGAGGUUACAGUCAGAGCUUCAGACUCUGGCAACACUCAUGAUGGAGGAGAAAAGAAAAGAAAACCAGAGUGAAGAGCUGGGUGCUUCAACGCUAAGAGAAAACUGUCAGGAAGCAAGUCACAAUGGCUCUGCCCUGCCGGCAGCGGCACCAAAACCUGAGCCCACCCCGUCCUUCUCCUCUCUGUUACCAAAGGCUCUUUUUGCUGUGCUGCCCCAGGGCCUCGGGUCCGACCCCCGGCCGAGCAGAAAUCCAGUAACACACACGUCACCGAACCUGGGGGAGCUGCAGACGGAGCUGAGGGACCUGAGGGACCAGUUUGAGCAGAUGAAGAGUCAGCACAACAAAGAAAUCAAACUGCUGAUGAACGAGCUGGAUGAGGAGAAAAGGAUCCGCUUGACUUUACAGAUGGAGAUUCAGCGUAUGAAGAAGCGCAUGUCUAAAUGAUUGAAAACAACAUCAGAGACAUGAGAUCCUGAUUCGACGAAAACAACCAUGUUUAAAUAUCCUGUUGUACACAUAUCUGAUAAAUAAUAUUUUUCUAUGUUUGAUUUAAAAAAAAAUCAUCAUUGCUCUUUUUUUGAGGAAUAAAACGUAUAAAUAUUAUAUACACAUAUUACAUAUAACAUUUUAUUUACUUUUUGUGAGACUGCUGAAUGGCCAAAAGGACUGAAUAUUUUUGUUUUUGUUUAUUAAAAAUUCUCAUUUACACAAAUAAAUAUGUUGUUGGUAGCAACGUGAAAUGUU